AUGGCCGAACUACGUCAAGGUGGCACAGCAAAUCGCCACAGUCCAGCGGAUGUUCUGGUGGAUUUGGAGCUGUAUUUUCAGCAAGGACAGGGACGUCCCGAAAGAAGAUCCCAAAACAAUCAAAACGGCUCCGCGGAUGUCAUUGAUCUUACAAACGAACCCGACAGUCCUGUUCAAACUCAUGCCGCUCGCCCUGUGGCAAAUCCGAGAAGACAGAGCUCUCAGGGCAGGAAUCCUCCGUCUUUCGUUCGCAGCGACAGUAGUAUUCUCGCUGGCAACGCACCAGUCAUUGACCUCACCGACGACUCCCCCGAUGUUCCGCGCAGGCAUGCACCCGUGUUACCUCCUCCAGGCCCUCGACAUCGUGAGCGUAGCAGACAAACCGGAGGGUUUGGUCUGUACAACUCGACCGCUGCAUUUAGUGGAAUAGCAGCGAACAUACGGCGUCAUCUCUAUCCCUUUCGGCUUUUCCCUGGCCCUGAGGAUGAAGUGCAAAUCCUUGGCAUUUUGCAUAACAGAAUUAACCAAGGUGCCGACCUCAAUAACCCGCUGGAAAACAUUCAGCUUCAAUACGGGCACGGCGCCUUCGACCGAGCCGAGUCACCGAAGCCGAUCCACCAACCUCCGCCACCAGCCAAGUCGGGCUUCACUCGAGACACUGGCUCUGACCUCGUUGUUAUAUGUCCGGCUUGCAACGAGGAGCUGGCUUACGACCCUGAUGUUCCCCCUAGUGAGAGUCAUCCCACGCGCAGAGGUAAGCGCCAGCGUAGCGAGCAUCACUUCUGGGCUCUCAAGGGAUGUGGGCAUGUUUACUGUGAGGACUGUUUCGAGAACCGCAAGCCGGCAGCCAAACGUCCCCACACUGGGUUCCGACGCGACCAAGAAAGCAAGAUAAUUUGCGCGGUCGACGGCUGCGAGACGCAAGCUACGAACAAGACGGGCUGGGUCGGGAUCUACCUUUGA